CACGAGGCGGCCUGCCCUCCACACAGUGACUGAGUCCACAGCGGGGCCAGCGCUCUCUCUCCCCGUCUCACGGCGUCUCCUCAGCGGCGGCGCCCUCAUCCUGCCCCCGCCCUGCCGGCUGGCUCCCCGGCGGAUGAGAGGAUGGUGGAGUGGAGGAGCGAAUGACCGCCAGGUGCUCGGUAGCGGUUAUGGUCCAGCGACGACGGGACGGCCGCCUGGCGAGCGAGUGAAGGCGGCGGCAGGGACCGCGAGGUGCGAGCAUGCGGCUGUAAGUCUCGGGCCGAGCCAGCGAGCAGCAGUCGGCCAUGGGGAACACGGCCAGCAAGUUCCGCAAGGCGCUGGUGGGCGGAGACGAGGCGCUGGCCUGGCAGCUGUACGAGGGCAACCCCCAGUUCAGGGACGGCCUGGACCCCAACGCCUCCUACGGCGAGCAGUACCAGCACAACACGCCGCUGCAUUACGUCUGUCGCCACGCCAUGACGCGGCUGCUCAGGUGCUUCUUGUUCAGCAAAGAGGGGAACCCCAACAAGCGUAACGUGCAGAAUGAGACGUGCCUGCACGUGCUGUGCCAGGGCCCGCUCAUCCUCCUGCUGCCUGAGGGGGCGCUGUCCCCGCGUCUGGCCCGCCCCCAGAGAGACGAGCAGCGGCGUGCGGACGGCCUGCAGAUGAUCCUGAGCUGGACGGGGGCGCGGCUGGAGGGCGGCCAGUACGAGAAGGCCGACGUCAACGCCACCGACAACCGCCACAGCACCUGCCUGCACUACGCCGCCGCUUCCGGCAUGAAGAGCUGCGUGGAGCUGCUCAUCCAGAGCCACGCCGACCUCUUCAUCGAGGACGACGACAAGCUGACGCCGUGCGACCACGCCGAGCGCCAUCGCCACACCGAGCUGGCCCUCAGCCUGGAGUCGCAGAUGGUUUUCUCCGCCUCGCCGGCGCCGCACGCCGACACACGCGGCCCGGUCAAGCUGCUGCAGCACAAAGAGCCGUACGAGGGUCUGAAGGUCCAGGACCUCCGCAGGCUGAAGGACAUGCUCAUCGUGGAGACGGCCGACAUGCUGCAGGCGCCCCUCUUCACGGCCGAGGCCUUGCUCCGAGCGCACGACUGGGACAGAGAGAAGCUUCUGGAAGCCUGGAUGUCUGACGCAGAGGACUGCUGCCAGCGCUCGGGGGUCACCAUGCCCACCCCGCCCCCCAGCGGCUACAACGCCUGGGACACCUUGCCCUCGCCCCGCACCCCCAGGACCCCCCGCUCGCCGCUCACCCUCACCUUCACCUCGCCCACCGACAGCUGCCUGACGCCGGGGGAGGAGGAGGAGGAGGAGGGCCUGGCCACGUGUGGCAUCUGCCUGUCCUCCAUCUCCGUCUUCCAGGACCCUGUGGACAUGUCCUGUGGUCACGACUUCUGCCGGGCCUGCUGGGAAGGGUUCCUAAAUGUGAAGAUUCAAGAGGGCGACGCCCACAACAUCUUCUGCCCCGCCUACGAGUGUUACCAGCUGGUGCCCGUGCACGUCAUCGAGAGCGUGGUGUCCAGGGAGAUGGACCAGCGCUACCUGCAGUUUGACAUCAAGGCCUUUGUGGAGAACAACCCUGCCAUCCGCUGGUGUCCCGCAGCCCGCUGUGAGAGGGCGGUCCGACUCAGCAGACCUGGCCCGGGAGAAAGUGAUGCCCACAGCUUCCCAUUGCUGCCCUCCCCCGCCGUGGACUGUGGCAAGGGCCACCUCUUCUGCUGGGAGUGUCUUGGCGAGGCCCACGAGCCAUGUGACUGUCACACGUGGAGGAAGUGGCUCCAGAAGGUGACGGAGAUGAAGCCGGAGGAAUUGGCAGGUGUGGGCGAGGCCUACGAGGACGCGGCCAACUGUCUGUGGCUGCUGACCAACUCCAAGCCGUGUGCCAACUGCAAGUCGCCCAUCCAGAAGAACGAGGGCUGCAACCACAUGCAGUGUGCCAAGUGCAAGUACGACUUCUGCUGGAUCUGUCUGGAGGAGUGGAAGAAGCACAGCUCCUCCACGGGAGGAUACUACCGCUGCACUCGCUACGAGGUCAUCCAGCAGCUGGAGGAGCAGUCCAAGGAGAUGACCGUGGAGGCCGAGAAGAAGCACAAGAGCUUCCAGGAGUUGGAUCGCUUCAUGCACUACUACAGCAGGUUCAAGAACCACGAGCACAGCUACAAGCUGGAGCAAAAACUGCUGAAGACAUCAAAGGAGAAGAUGGAGCAGCUGAGCAGAGCCUUCAUCAGCCGUGAGGGCGCCACACCUGACACGCGCUUCAUGGAGGACGGCGUGAGGGAGCUGCUGAAGACUCGGCGUGUGCUGAAGUGUUCGUACCCGUAUGGCUUCUUCCUGCAGCAGGGCAGCACCCAGAAGGAGAUCUUUGAGCUCAUGCAGACGGACCUGGAGAUGGUGGUGGAGGACCUGGCCCAGAAGGUGAACCGCUCCUACCUGAGGACGCCGUGUCACAAGAUGGUCGGCGCCGCUCGCCUGGUCCAGCAGAAGAGGCAGGAGUUCCUGGCCUCUGUCGCCCGCGGGGUGGCACCUAAUGACUCACCUGAGCUGCCACGGCGCAGUUAUCCUGGAGGAUCUUGGGACUGGGAGUACUUGAACUUCACUUCCCCCGAGGCUGGGAGCCGUCACUCAGUACCGGGACCAGGACCAGGACCGGGACCAGGACCAGGAGACCCACGAGGGAGAUCAUCACAGGACCCGGCUGACUUCCAGUACCGCCGACGGCAGCGAGCGCGGCGGCGGGGCGAGCUGCUGAACAUGCACCACCACCUGCGGAGCAGCAGCAACACUCCAGAGAGCAGCAGGCGCAGCGACGGCAGCACAGAUGGUGCGGAGAGGAGAGCGCUGGGCUCCCUGGAGGACGACGACCCCAACAUCCUGCUGGCCAUCCAGCUGUCCCUGCAGGAGGCACGCUGGGGGCGGGGCCAGGGCGGGAGGGCAGAGCUUGAGCCAAAGGACCCAGACGGCGUCAACAGCGACAGAGCCAGAGGACCCUCCUUUCCCCCACGUCCCCCCAACAGGACAGACUCCGCCUCCCAGCCCCUGCUGCCAUCCACCUGCCUCCCCCUGCCGCCUCCGCCUCCCCCGCUCAGCGCCGAGCUGCUGAGACUGGGGGACAGCCUUAAGACACUCGGUGCCGCGCUUUACCACCCUGGUGGCCACGCCCACGGUGCUCUCUGCCACCCCCCGGGGCCUGACGUAGGCCAUGGAGAACCCCCCUCCCCUCAGAGUCACUCCCACACGAGCACACGCCCGCCCGAGGCCCAAAACAAAGCGGAAGAAGCGGCAGAGCCCAACCCCCCUGCCCGCUUGUGCCUCCCUUCUCCGGAGUCGGAGUCAGAGCUGCUGCUACUCUCUCCGGUCAUCCCACCGGGGGGCCCCUUCACCCCCAGUGACCCUGAGAGUCUGGAGCCCCUGGACCCCACAGCCAGCGCCCAGCUGCUGGACAACAUCAUGGCCUGGUUCAACCACAACAUCACCCCCCAGAACAACCCCCAGAGCCUGGCACUCAUCCCCUCGCCGCCCACCACCGAAACAGACUCCUCCCCCGACACUCUCACCGACAGCCUGGCCUCAAGGAGCGCCGCCCCGGCCCAGCAGCCCUCGGAGGGUGUGCCCUCGGAGGACUCCUGUCCCAGCAGACCCAGCACCCUGGAGUUGGACAGCGGGUCGCCCCGCCGGGCCACGCGGGACCACAAGGAGGCGGCGGCGGGCGAUGGGCGUGUGGCGGAAACGUCGCCGCAACACGGGGACGGUCUCACGCCCUCGACCCCGGCCCCGGGGAGAGACUUGGACCUGGUGCUCCAGUCGGAGGAGGAGCAGUCGCCUGUGGAAUGGCAGGAGGAAGUCCACUUGGUGUGAGAAGGUGUUUCCUGUCGGAGGGAACCUGGAGUCUUCAACAUCACUCCUCUUCAGCUUCCUGUUCAAAACCAGGGCUUCCUGUUCCAGACCAGGGCUUCCUGUUCAAAACCAGGGGUUCCUGUUCCAGACCAGGGCUUCCUGUUCAAAACCAGGGGUUCCAAUUCCAGACCAGGGGUUCCUGUUCCAGACCAGGGCUUCCUGUUCAAAACCAGGGGUUCCUGUUCCAGACCAGGGCUUCCUGUUCAAAACCAGGGGUUCCAAUUCCAGACCAGGGGUUCCUGUUCCAGACCAGGGCUUCCUGUUCAAAACCAGGGGUUUCUGUUCCAGACCAGGGGUUCCUGUUCUAGACCAGGGCUUCCUGUUCCAGACCAGGGCUUCCUGUUCAAAACCAGGGGUUCCUGUUCCAGACCAGGGGUGUCCAAACAUGCUAAACACCACAUAGCACAUGCUAAUGUAGGCCACUUUGCUAAAUGAGGCAUUUUCCAGCAUAAAAGUGUCUAAAUGAGGUGAAAAUACUAAAACUAUUAUCCUCAUCUUACAUUAGCAUGCUAACUUUACAUCCAAACACCUGAGAGUUGUACAACUUGCUGCUUGACACAGUCAUGUUGUUAGCUUAGCAUGCUAAUGCUAACAUGUUGAAAUGCUAGCAUUAACAUGCUAACUUUAUGCAAUCUUACAGUUGAGCAUGUAUCAGGUUCAAAGUUAUAUGAAAUGAAGGUGUUUGGUGGCAAAACAGUUAGCGUGCGAGAAGGCUAACGUUAGCAUGCUAACUGUUUUGCCACCCAACACCUUCAUUUCCUAUAACUUUGAACCUGAUACAUGCUAACUGUUAGCAUGCUAACAUUUGCAUUGAAGUUUGACUUGCGCAUUUGUCCCAAAAUAACUUAUUGAAGGGUUUUUUUAGCACUUUGGACACCCCUGCUGGUCCACAGGAAAUCAGGCAGCCCUUUGGACACCCCUGCUGGUCUGCAGGAAGUUGGAGCUGAAAAAAGGAAACAUCACUUUUGGACUUCUUCUGUUCUUGGGCCCUUUUUUUUUGUUUUUUUUGCCCACUUCUUCUAUCUCCAUGGCAACAUCAGCAAAUAUGCAGUAGUUGUCACGUGACCAGGUGAGUCCAGCCAAUAGGAGAAGACCACAGGUACCAACUCUGGAGUAUGACUUCAAAGAAAAGAAGUUCUUUUUUUAAGAGGGCGCCAUAAAAAAUGGAUCAUGUUCAUGAAUUGCUUUAAAAUGUGUUGACUUUAUUUGAAUAGGAAUACAGUUCUGUUUUUUAAAAAAAAAAAAGAGGUUUUAGAGCCCCCUGCAGGCUGUGGUGAGAGUUGCAUUGUCAUGAUGACGUCACGUCCUACUUCCUCCGCCACCCAGGGAAAAAAAACAAUCAUUGGUAGAUUUUGGUGCUGGAUCCUUCAGCAGGUCAAAGGUUGCACGCACUUCCUGUAUGACGUCACCACGCUGCCUUCCAGGUGUGUCCUCUCUCCCUUUUCUCUCUCAUGUCUUGUGCUGCUGAUCACGUGGCAGAUGUGACGUCACACAUGCGGAAGUGUCCAAGUGGAGUGAAUUAAAAGGAAAAAAGGA